CGAGAAUCUAUUUAAUGCAUAUUAUAAUAUUUCAGAUAGACGCUGUUACUCGUCGGCUUUACUCGCACGUAGGAUUCUGACCCUGCACAGCCUGCAGAAUCUCCUGCAUUCACAUAGAGGCUGUGCUUCCACUAAGCCACCAAAAGUCUAGGGUAUAAUAUAGACUAUAAGUGGCUGGUAUGCAUUAUAAGUUUGGCUUUCUAGAUAGGUAAAUAUUUCAGGUAACCUCUGUGUUUCUAAGUAUUCCCUCUAAAUAGUUUAUUCUUCUAACUUCAAUAGCUAUAGCGGGUGGCGCAAUGUGCUAUCAGCUCGUCGAGUUAUAUACCGCUUGUCGUUGUUUAUAUUACCGACAUGCUGUAGAUAGAUGCUCUGCCUAUGGCCAAUCAGAACAUCAUAUAACAACACGGUCGAUUCUCGUCGGGUAUGCAUGCCAAACACACACCAUAUCACCAGGCAGCCCAAAGGCCAACUCCGAUUUCCUAACUAAGGAAACGUCAAGCCCAGCUUAUACCCAAAACGCUUCUAGAGCCCGUAGCAGACACAACAGGGUACCUCGUUCGUCGAGGGUAAACUAUGUAGAAGAUGUAGUACAUCAGAAACCCCCACCAAGCGGGAUCCAGCAAAUUAUAAAUCGAAGUUGGUCAGACUCAAAAGCGCAUCCGAGUCUUACGGAAUAUGAUAAACCUAGUGCUAGCUCUGGGAGCAAAGAAGAUUCCGACGAUGAUCUUUCUUCUAUAGAGGCGUUCCUCUUUGAUGACAAUGACGAAUCUAGCUUAACCUCUCUUAGCUCGGUUGGAUCUUCGACAGCUCUCGAGCAUCUUACAGAUGGAUUCCUAUACGACGGAUACCUCCAGGACCUAUGGCCUCAGGUAGUCCUCCGGUCGCUGUCCGCGGCGAAAGCGAAGGAGGAAGUAUCGUCGUUGAUCUUGCGAUAUAGCCUAGACCUGCAAAGAUUGGCUCGAAAACAAGAAACUUCAGAAGACUCCACAAAUCUGCAAAUAAAAGCGAGUCAAUUCGUGAAGUGCAAGCGACAUUACUUGUCACGAGAAAUUUACAAGCAGUUUUGGCUACCUCUGUCAGCAGUCGGGCAGCCUGUGGAUGAGAAUGAUGCGCCAGAGAAUGAUCCUGGCGUUGAGUCCGACUCGGACAACGACCAGCAACCGGACGUUGAUCGGUUUAUCAGCCUAAAGUCAUUCUUGUUUGAUACAGAACCAUUUCGUAUCUUCAAGGAAAACGUGCGAAUCUUUGUUGAGCAGUCUUCUCUUGGUCCUCUGCAGAGUACCUGGCUUGGUUCUAUGCGGAUCGGCUUCAACAACAUGAUAACACGUAUCAACGGUAAAAGUCCCCGGCCGGGGAUGAGACGGCUUUAUUGGACAUGUAGCUGCGGUCUUCGUAUAUACGACGACUAUGCCGAAUCUCAAUCGGGCGCUCUUGAUAAUCUAGAAAAGAUCUUAUCCGGCUAUGGCGCGCGGUCAAGGGGCUCGGGUGAUAUUGAGUCAAACAAUCCACCACUAAGCAGCAAGUCAAAUAAGGGCGGAUUGUCAAACAUAUGGCGUUCUUUUACUCUCGACGUUAAACUGCCACGCUUUUGGUUGAGGAAAGACUACUGGGAACCUGGGAAAUGUCGUCGGGCGCCUGGAACAAGCCUUGAACAGGAGCACAAUUACCUUCUUGCCUGCGUUCCAUUCGGGCGAUGGGUUUCGAAACUGCACCAGCAGGAGAUUUGCACUAUACUCUCUGAUCAGGACUUCUUCUCACUGCUGCGGAUGUUAUACCAUACCAACCGUCGCAGGCUCUCACUAUCUUGGAUGAGGAGAGUAAACGGCAUCGACUUCGUUCAGUUCGAUGUUCACCGGUCAGACGUUGCGGCGGUACGUUCUAAACCGGCCUUGCCGCCUGAGGAGUUGAAGGACCAGUAUCAAUAUGACCCAAUGCCUGCGCAUCUGGUUCCUCCGGUUGGGCCCAAUAUGCUGGUACACUUCUUCGAGAACCCAACGCACGCUAGCGUACUUCCGGAUUUAUAUAAAAGGAUACCGAAAAAACUGCGACAAAAGUUGACGCCGUGUCAAGUAACAGGAAUGUCAGUAGGAUGGGGAAUCGAGUUUGUUGAGGGCAUAGAUUCUUUCAUGUUCUUUAUAUUCGGGUGCGCCUUGUUCCUUGCUUGCUUAAUAGUCGCCGUGGGGUGGUCCGCUAUUAAACAAGACGUCCAAGGUGGAUUUGGGAUAGGGGGCUUCAUCUUGGCUUUCAUGUUAUUUUGUGGCAGCAUCGUCCAUUCCGCGCUCGACUCUCAAGUCCUGAAGUAGAGCAUACAUAAACAUGAGAAGGUAGAACCAUACAUAAAUUUAACCUCGUACAACUUGAUAAUAUGGUUUAAUAUGUAUAACAAAAUUUAGUAACUAAUUAAUACGCAAGGUAGGAUGAGCUUAUAUCUACUCGAAUCCUAAGAAGAGUUGAGUUAUGC